AUGGAGGAGCUGCCGGGCGAAGCCUCCUGCCCCAUCUGCGGCGAAUAUUUCCGCGAGCCCGUGUCCAUCCACUGCGGCCACCACUUCUGCCGGGGCUGCAUCGAGCGCUGCUGGGAGUGGCCCACGGCGGGGUUCGCCUGCCCGCGCUGCCGGGACACGGCCCCGCAGCGGAGCCUCCGCCCGAGCCGGGAGCUGGAGCGGGUGCUGGAGCUCGCCCGGCGCCUGAGCCGCGGGGAAGCGCUGGGGACCGAGGAUGAGGAUGGGGAUGAGGAGGGGGAAAUGUGCCAGAGGCACCGGGAGCCGCUGGAGCUCUUCUGCAAGGAGGACGGGGCGCUGCUGUGCGCGAUCUGCCGCGAGUCGCGGGCGCACCGGGCACACGCGGUGCUGCCGCUGCCGGAGGCCGCGCGGGACUUCGAGGAGCAAAUCCAGGCCGAGCUGCAAACCCUGGAGGACGAGAGGGACAAACUCCUGGAGCUGCGGGAGGCUGAAAUGAGGAGGAUCUGGGAGUGUUUGGAGCAGACGGCGGCCGAGCGGCGGCGGAUCCAGUGCCGGUUCCGGGGGCUGCGCCUGGCCCUGGAGGAGCUGCCCCGGCGCCUCCUGGCGCGGCUGCGGCGCCUGGAGAGCGACAUCGGCGGCGCGCAGGAGGAGCGGGCGGCGCUGCUGACCCGGGAGAUCUCGCGGCUGGAGCUGCGCGCCCGGGAGCUGCGGGAGCGGCCGCGGAGCCCCGCACGGACCUUCCUGCAGGACAUCAGCAGCGCCUUGAGCAGCCUCAGAAAUGAAAAUUUCGAGUUGCCCCCAGAAUUCCCAGAUUUGGAGAGCAAAAUUCAGCAUUUCAGGGAGGAAAACGCUCUCCUGGAGGAGACGCUGAGGAGCUUCCGAGACGUCCUGGCCUUCGAGCUGCCGGAGAAAAUGCCGGUGACGCUGGAGCCCAGCACCGCCCACCCCCAGCUGCUCGUGGCGCCCGACGGCGGCAGCGUCACCUGGGAGAGCGCCCGGGAGCCUCCCGCGCUCGGAGCCCAGGCCGGAGCCGACCCCUGCGUGCUGGGCCGCGAGGCCGUCACGGGCGGGAGGCGCUGCUGGGACGUGCAGGUGGCCCCAGAGGGGUCCUGGGCACUGGGGGUGGCCAGGGAGACCCCCGGGAGAGGGGCAGGGACCCCCGAGAGUGGGGCAGAGACCGCUGGGAAGCCCCCCGAGUGGGAGCUGUGGUCCAUGGGGCAGUGCCAGGGCCAGUUCUGGGCUCUCACCUCGCUGGAGCGCACCCCGCUGCUCCUGCCCCGGGCGCCGCGCAGGGUGAGGGUGGCCCUGGACUACGACGGCGGCCGGGUGGCUUUCUUCGAUGCCGACGAGCGGAGUUUGAUCUUCGCCUUCCCGGCGGCCUCGUUCGAGGGCCACAGCGUCCGGCCCUGGUUCCUGGUGUGGGGAGAGGGCGCCCGCAUCUCCCUGUGCCCCUGAGCUCCGCCAGAGCCCGGGGUUUGCACCAUUCCCGGCUCUCCAGGGAUUCCCGGAGCUGCUCGGGGUCGCUGUCCUGAGCUGUCACCCCCGAAUGCGGGGCUGGAAACGGAGCUGCCUCUGCGCCGCCCCAUCCUGCGCCACCCCGAUCCCUUUCUCUCCUCCCCUCCGGCUUUGGAUCAAUUAAAAACACAACAUUUGCAUGUUUUA